CCAACAAAAGCCUUAAACCCUAACUCAAAACCCUCUCUCGUGUUUUGUCGACCUCUCCAUCUCUCUCUCUUUGUUCUAGCCAGCCAUGGCCACUGCCGCCUUGCUCCGCUCGAUGCGCCGACGUGAUGUCGCAUCGUCUCCUCUCUGCGCCUACCGAUCCUUGAACAGCGCAUCUAUGUCAUCCCAUCUUGCUCAAAAAUGGGCAAGCUUGGCAAGACCUUUCAGUUCCAAACCUGCUGGAAAUGAUGUUAUUGGCAUUGACUUGGGUACAACCAACUCAUGUGUGGCCGUGAUGGAAGGAAAGAACCCUAAAGUGAUUGAGAAUUCCGAAGGAGCUCGAACCACACCAUCAGUAGUUGCUUUCAACCAGAAAGGAGAACUAUUGGUUGGUACUCCAGCAAAACGUCAAGCUGUUACCAACCCCACAAACACAGUUUUUGGAACCAAGCGUCUGAUUGGUAGACGCUUUGAGGAUCCCCAAACUCAAAAAGAAAUGAAGAUGGUUCCAUACAAGAUAGUAAAGGCUCCAAAUGGAGAUGCUUGGGUUGAAGUCAACGGACAGCAGUACUCCCCAAGCCAAAUUGGAGCCUUUGUUCUAACAAAAAUGAAAGAGACUGCAGAGGCUUACCUUGGAAAGAGUGUCUCAAAAGCUGUGAUUACAGUUCCAGCUUAUUUCAAUGAUGCACAGAGACAAGCAACCAAGGAUGCUGGCAGAAUUGCAGGUCUAGAUGUGCAGAGAAUCAUCAAUGAGCCAACUGCUGCUGCACUUUCCUAUGGAAUGAACAACAAGGAAGGGCUCAUAGCAGUGUUUGAUCUUGGUGGGGGAACAUUUGAUGUAUCCAUUCUCGAGAUAUCCAAUGGUGUUUUUGAGGUGAAAGCAACAAAUGGCGACACAUUCUUGGGAGGAGAGGAUUUUGACAAUGCUUUGUUGGACUUCUUGGUGAGUGAAUUCAAGAGGACGGAGGGUAUUGAUUUGUCAAAGGAUAGGCUCGCCUUGCAGAGGCUUAGGGAGGCAGCUGAGAAGGCUAAGAUUGAACUUUCAUCAACAUCUCAAACUGAGAUAAACCUUCCCUUCAUCACAGCUGAUUCUUCGGGUGCUAAACAUCUGAACAUCACAUUGACUAGAUCCAAAUUUGAAAGUCUGGUCAAUCACUUGAUUGAGAGGACAAAGGCCCCGUGUAAGAACUGUUUGAAGGACGCUAAUACAUCCAUUAAGGAUGUGGAUGAGGUUCUGCUUGUUGGAGGGAUGACUCGUGUUCCCAAAGUGCAAGAGGUCGUUACAGAAAUAUUUGGAAAGAGCCCAAGCAAAGGAGUGAACCCUGAUGAGGCUGUUGCUAUGGGAGCUGCCAUCCAAGGCGGUAUCCUUCGUGGUGAUGUUAAGGAGUUGCUUCUUUUGGAUGUUACUCCUUUAUCACUAGGUAUUGAAACAUUAGGUGGAAUAUUCACCAGGCUGAUCAGUCGCAACACGACAAUUCCAACCAAGAAGAGUCAGGUGUUUUCUACUGCAGCUGACAACCAAACCCAAGUGGGUAUCAAGGUGCUACAAGGAGAGCGUGAGAUGGCUUCUGACAACAAGAUGCUGGGAGAGUUUGAACUCGUAGGAAUUCCUCCAGCACCAAGAGGCCUGCCUCAGAUUGAGGUCACCUUUGAUAUUGAUGCCAACGGUAUUGUCACUGUUUCUGCCAAGGACAAGGCCACCAACAAAGAGCAGCAGAUUACCAUCCGCUCAUCUGGGGGCCUUAGCGACGAGGAGAUUGAAAAGAUGGUGAAGGAAGCGGAGCUGCAUGCUCAGAAGGAUCAGGAGAGGAAAGCAUUGAUUGACGUCAGAAAUAGUGCAGAUACAACCAUCUACAGUAUUGAGAAGAGCUUGAACGAGUAUCGUGACAAGGUUCCAAGUGAAGUUGCCAAAGAAAUUGAGGAUGCGGUAGCAGAUUUGAGGAAGGCAAUGGGAGAGGACAAUGCCGAUGAAAUCAAGGCCAAGCUUGAAGCUGCAAACAAAGCUGUUUCUAAGAUUGGGGAACACAUGUCAAAGGGUUCUGGUGGCGACCCUUCUUCUGGUGGAUCACAGGGUGGAGGAGACCAAGCUCCUGAGGCAGAUUACGAAGAAGUGAAGAAGUGAGGUGGCUGAAGCUGGUAACUCGGCAUUUUACUUACGAGUGGUUUCUGAUUCACUGUCGAGGAAGUAGUUCCUGAAUUUUUACGGGCUCGUAAGACGUCAUUUAUGUGGGUUUUUUGUAUCUAAUUGUUGGGAGUUUUAAAAUGUAUUAGGAUAGCCAUAAUCUAGUUUGCCCGUAAGUAGGCUUUUUAAUUGAGAUUUUCUUGUAGUCGGUGACUCAGUGGGCGGAUUUUUCUUCUGGCAAGUUAUGCCUAGUUUUGUCCGGACUUAACACUGUGCAUUGUAUUUUGAAUAAAGAAAUAGAUUCAGAAUGCUUGCUCAGUC